GCCAAUUAAAAGAUCGAUAUGUUUUAGCACACACCUACUUUAAUGAUUAACAUAGUUAACGUCAAAAAAAAUUUCUUUCGUUAAUUAGCUGUGAAGAGAUCUAAAUCUGACAUUAUUAAAUCAAAUUGUACGUUGAGAUACCAUUUUUAGAGGAGAGAGUGGUAAUAGUAAAUUAAAUAAAAGGGUAUUUGUUAUAUGAGAAGAAAUAUUCAUCAAAAACUGCUUAUGCUCUUCUGUUCUGGUCGUAUAAACACAUAAAGAACCAUUACCAUGCCUUCCCAGUUAACUCAAGAAGAAAGAUCCGAGCUCGCGCAAUCCAUCGCCGAGUUCCACACAUACAACCUCGGCCCGGGAAGCUGCUCUUCACUCCACGCCCAGCGAAUCCACGCGCCUCCAGAGAUCGUAUGGUCAGUCGUCCGUCAGUUCGACAAACCGCAGACCUACAAACACUUCAUCAAAUCCUGCUCCGUCCAAGAGGGCUUCGAGAUGCGUGUUGGAUGCACGCGCGACGUGAUCGUGAUCAGUGGAUUGCCGGCGAACACGUCGACGGAGAGGCUUGACAUACUCGACGACGAGAGGCGAGUGACAGGGUUUAGCAUCAUCGGAGGAGAGCAUAGGCUGGUGAAUUAUAAAUCGGUGACGACGGUGCACAGGUUCGAGAAGGAGAGACGGGUGUGGACGGUGGUUCUUGAGUCGUACGUUGUGGAUAUGCCGGAAGGGAACUCGGAAGAGGAUACGCGUAUGUUCGCUGAUACGGUCGUUAAACUCAAUCUGCAGAAAUUGGCGACUGUCACCGAAGCUAUGGCUCGUAAGGCCGCCGGCAACGGAGGCGGUUCUCAGGUGACUUGAAAAACAAGAUUAUAUAUAUAUGGAAAGAGAAUGGAAAAUGCUUUUUUUUAAUUACUUAUUUGGGAAAUGUUACCUACGAUGCUUUCAUAUAAGAGUAUACUCUUUUAUCAGUUUUAAAUCUCAAACUUAUUAUGAAAAAGGCCAAGUGAUUACAUAUGAUUGUUUCUUUCUCUAGCAAUUUUAGCUAAUUCAUCUACAUCUUUCAAACUUAUUUGGC